AUGGACGAUGAAACGUCGUCAUCACCAUCGAAUAGCAUUGACGUAAAGCCACUUGUGAAGGUGCCCAGAAAUCGAGAAGAGAAUCGGCUCUAUAAGCGUGAUUUCAUUGACGACAAUAAUGUGCAUUUGUCAUACUUCAACUUCCGCAUAUUCUGGCCUGUCGCCAUCUUUUCUGUCACUAUGUACACCUGUUUCAUGGUCGGCGUAAUUGGAUCAUUGUAUAUGGAUGAUCUACCCACUCCAAUAGAAUUACGCAGAGCAUUCUGGACACGAUAUGGAUCCUUUCGAUUGAGAUGCAACACGACGAUACCAUUUCCCAAAAACGCGCUUCCAUCUAUCCUGAAUCUUUUCGAAAUCAAUGUCGUCGGGAAUGUUAUGAUGCGAUUGUGUGCUUGUCUACCUAUUGCGGUCCGACUUUUCGUAAUCUAUUGUAGAAGGACCCUCAUCCAGAACGACUUGGAGAAAUCAUCCUUCAUUCACAAUCUCAUAAACGAUAUGGUUCUAAUGUUGACAUUUGUUGAGCUGUUCUCGUUGGCAUUAUUCAGCGUUGUAACUAUUCGAAGAGACUCUGCAGGUAUAAAUCGCUAUUGUAAGACUGCGUUCGCCAUAUCGGCAUCUGUCAAUAUGCUACUUACAUCGGCCGUCGUGUUUGCUCACAAGAAAAAUGUGACUAAGAGAUUGGACUCGAUAUCAGUCUUUCUCAAGCUCAUGGCGACUGCAGCGUUUUGCUACUGUACGCCGCAUUAUUUCCAGCAUCACCAGGCCAGCAUAUCGUAUCCUGUAUGUCAUGCAUACUUGCCGCGAAUCUACGCAGUGUUCGAGUACACGAUGAUCAUUUCCUACGGUGUCUUUCACAUGACAUCGCUUAUCGACAUACGGCAUAUCACAUUUCUCUGCUAUCCACGCACUUGCUCAGGCGAAUGCGAACCGCUCGAUCCACAAAACUUCAAGAAAGGAGCGAAAUACGAGCACUGCCGUGCGUACGAGUAUCAGCAACGGCGUGCAUACGCGCAAAUGGACGAGGAUAGCUGCUGUUAGGAUCUCUGCAAGUUAAAAGCAAACACUACUGCUGGAUAUAAACCUCACUUCUCGAUGUGUGCCCGAGAGCACUCUCAGGUUUCGUAGUGUAACUUUUAGAUUUCAUGAUCUGCG